UUCUCUUGCCCUAAUUGCAGAACCCUGUAACGCAGAAUCACCUCACUCCAAACUCCAACCUCGAGUGAGCAAUACGACACCGACCCAUCUCUUCAAACAUGCUGCGUAUCACAAAGCUGAAGCCUUUUUCUUCUGGGCACCAACUCAUCCAACGGUGCUCCGUUAGCGGAACAGCGAAAGGGAAGGCGAAGAUCAAAGCGGGUCAGACACUAAAACGGUCGCGUAUUACCACGAAGAAACCCGGAUCCGAAUCCAUAUCCGGAGCAGGACCCGGGUCACGCGAGAGGCAAGAGCGUGAGCUUCUCUAUGAGCAGUGCCUCAACGCGCCAACCCCACUUAGGUACCUAACAAAGAAGCAAAGAGAAAGAGAAGCGGAGCGCGAGAAAAUGGGGCUCAUAAGUAAGGAGAGACAGCGAGAAAUUGAAAUCAUGAAAAGAAAAGACAACAAAUUUAAGGUUUCAGAGAAACCCACGAUUAUUGGGACACCUGGGUUGGAUUAUGUGAGUUUGGGUUUGGUGGAUGUGGAGAAGGUUCCAAGGUAUGAGUUAACAGUGGAAGAUGGGAGAAGGUUGGCGAAGGAGUAUAGUAGGGUGUUGAUGAGGAAGCAUAGGGCUAGACAAGCUGCGGAGUCAACUCUUUUGAGGAUGAAAAAAGAGGCUAUUGAAGCUUUACCUCAAGGUUUGAGAGAAGCUGCUUUGGUUCCUGAUUUGGCACCUUUUCCUGUUAAUCGUUUUAUGGCUACACUCACUCCCCCUAUUGAGGGUUACAUUGAUAAGAUUAGGGAAGCGGCUAAUAAGAUCAGUGGGAUGGAGAAGAUUAGAUGAUCGUGUGUUAGGUCAAGUCAGAACAGGUUUUGUUUUAAAGGGUUUUUUCCGCUGUGUGACGGAAAGUGGUGGAAUGGAAUGGAAUAAUGUUGGUUGCUUUUGGACUGAUUUGAAAGAGGAUGAAAUGAAAUGUGUUUCAUCUGAUGGUUUUAUAGUUGAUGUUCUUAAUUUGAGAGUUCAGGGUAUGGGAUGAAUCUAGCUUGUCAUUGUUUAGGGUAAUGAAAUGCAAUGCAAUGUGAUGAUGCUUUUGUUUUUCAUUCUCUAAUUUGGGAGUUGGUAUUGGAUGAAAUUACUUAUUGAUUUCUAAUUUUGUUACCAUUCAGUUUAGUUCUUAAACAAUGAAAAGGAAUAAGAUGCCUAGUGAAAAUGAUUUAAUUUUAUUU